CAUAACGUUAGUUCUAUAAAUGGCUGAUAAGCUUACUCCCUUAUUAGGUGACGAAUAUAAUAGCAUUGAAUCUUCAAUGCACAUGACCUCCAACAAUAGCAUAAAAUUCAACACCCAAGGAAUAAAAGGAAGUCAGAGUUCACUCCAAAUAUGCUCGGAUAGCGAGAACUCUCUAGAAGAGCCAACCGAAGUUCUCCAAAAACCCUUCAACACGGUCUAUUCCGACAUUAAAAUGGAAAGAAUAAAAACAGAUGAAAAGGGAGACACCUUUAAAAACACCAGAGCUCUUUACAAUCUGCUUGAGUUCUCAGGAUCCAAGCCAUCUAGAUUAAAACUUCCUGAAAAGUCUAGGAAAGAUGACUUUGUUGAGCUUCAGCAGUCUAAAAAGAUCAAGAUCCAAGAAUUCUCUGAAACUCAGUCACUUAGUAAAAAGGAAUCCCCCUCGAUAGAGAGUCUAAAACCCAAGUCCAUAAAUCGGUCUUUGGUUCAUUUACGAGUCCAACAUUUCAGCACUGGUAUUAACCAAUACCGACAGACAUCCUAUAACGAAUGGAUAGAUUAUUUCUCCAAGUCUUAUUUGAUAAAAUCUCAGCCCAUCAAAGACCCAGAUUUCGUAGAGGAACCAAACCAAAAAGCAAUUUCAAGCAGUUCAUCUCUUCCUGUACCAAUAAAAGGCCAAAACAGUCUUAAAACAACAGGAAAUCUCCCUGAGAAGUUUCUCAGAACCUUAAUGAAGCCUCCAAGAGAUAUUGACUCACGAAGUGAUUCUGACAUGAGUUUCGAAUUUGAGAAAACAAAGACGAACCAUCAACCUCUCUACAAAAACAACCUUAAAGAGGAAGUCAAGACAGAGUCACUGAUUAUCUUCAAUGAAGAGACCGACACCCCAGAGCCAAACUCAAAACCAGAUGCUUCUCCCGAGAACCAAGAUAAGAUAUUUGGAGGAACAUCCAGCAUUAUCGACUCUACACAGGAAUUUUACCUCAAAACUGAAGAUGAGGACGAGAAAGAAGACAUAAUCCUUCAGUCUAAUAGUUUGUCUCAGGAGAUUCUCAAAGCUCAGAUUCAAAGUCCACUCCAAUCAACCACAAGUAUUCAACUCAACUGGGAAAAUUAUACCAUCACAGAACAUGAGAAUGAAACUACUUCAAAAGAGAAUACAGCUACAAUCUCUAAAAUCACCUCAAAUGAUUUCCAAACCCAGACAGAGCAGCUCCUUGAGCCUAGAGAAGUUAGUUCAUAUGUUGAAAAGGAGAUAAAUACCAUGGACUGGCGCCAAGAGAUGCAUGAUGUAUCCUUGGAUGCACUUCCAUUACCUGAGUGCCAACAAUGAACCCACAUUGAUAAACUCCAGAGCACUAUUAAAAUCCUUGAAGAAGAGAAAACCAGCCUUGAGAAAAACAUCUGAGAGCUCACAGAUAAAAUAACUUCUCUUGAGUUAGACCUUCAGGCCAAUAAAAUUGGCAAGAAAUACUCAGCCCUUAUGAAGAUAUUUGAAGAGUGCCAGAAUACAUGGAAAAAGGAGAAUGAUAAUCUCAGGAAAUUACUGUUAGGAGAUGGUUCUAUUCCGGAUAAUAACAGUAGAGAACCCCUCUUAAUUAUUUCCUUGAAGGACAUCAAGUCUAUUGUCCAGGACGUCAUGAAAGAAAGCGAUCAAAUCAAUCCAGAUACAAUCAAGGAUAGUGCAUACUCAUCCCUAUCUUUGAGCUUGACCUGUGCUUAUAAAGCUAAAGGAACUAAUGCUUCCUCCUUAAAAUAUCCUUCAGAUCAAAACUCAAAACAAAACGACGGGAUUGAUUCAGCAGAUAAAGAUGCUUCAAAAUAAUACCGAACAAAACAUCCUUUCAGAGAAAAACAUUGACAAUGAGUACAACACUCCUAGAAAUGAAGAAGACAAAAGCAAUUUUGAGACUACUCCAGCUUCCAAAAGUAGAUCAAAAUCUUUCCUUCUAUUCAACGAUGAAAGUGUGCACAAAGGAAUUCUCCAAAAACCGCAGGAUUUAGAGAAACUUGUACAUUCCCCACAGAGUAUAAAGAAGAUCCUCAAUUCAGGAUCAGACCAGCACUGCAACUUGCAAAAUAAUGAUAUUGCAAGGAACCUUGACUUCAUGAGCUUCAACAGAAACGAGUCUGGCUGGGGCGUCAACCAGAGGAUAAAGUACUCUCCUCCAAGAGCAAAUCUGAGGGACAAAAAUUUAGACUUAAACAUUCCAAAAAUUAGUCAAUCUGAGUCUUGCAGGAGUUUGCAUUAUGGCCUCUCAAAAUUUAUUGAUAAAAAGGAUUAUUCCAAGAAGAUUAAGACCAGAAACCAUGCUAGAAAGGGCAGUAUUGGUGAAAGAGCAGGCUAUUUAUGCUCAGAGCAAAGAACUAGACCUAACAAAACGCCUGAGAACAGAGAACAGUGGUUUAUACAACAACUUAGGAAAUAUGGUAAUCCCAAAGGAGAUAUCGAAAAUCUUGGGCAAGUGCAAACAAAAAGGAGUCAUUACAGGAACUCAAGUAACCCAUUCUCCUUUAAUAACUACACCGAAAGCGUCAGUUCUAACAUGAAAUACUCAGAUAAACACCUCCAAAAACUAAAAUCCCAAAAAUUCCCCCAAAAACUACCAAAACAGACUUGCAAAAAGCAAUCAAAGCAUAAAAUCUCCAAAAAGGGUCUCAAAAGCGAAUGAGCGAACCAAGAUUGUAAACCUGGCAAAAAACUGAAGAUGUAUUUAAACCCAAUUUAA